AGAUACGGUACAGAGAACACUUGUCUAUAAGAAGAAAAGCUAGUGAAAACUUAGUUUUGUAUUAUCUUGCUCUUAAAACCGUCAAGUAUGGCGCACGUUACCUCAGGCCAAAUAACUUUAGGAAAAGCUGCUUCCCUCUUAGGAAUAAUUCAGGGGAUAGCGUGGUUUGCGCUGUCAUUAGCUUGUAUAAUUGAAUAUAAUAUAAAAACCCCCCCACAAAAUGCGACAAGUUAUAUGGACACUUUUAACAGCAGAGUGUAUUAUUUUUAUCUAUACAAGGACGCUAAGUUUCCACCAGGAACUUCCGUGACGCCUUUGGCUUUCACGGUGUUUAUGUGCAUUUACAUCGUUCUUAACACUGCUUGGGUCGUCACAUCCGUUGUCCAACUUAACGUUCUUAGAAAACUAAGUUUAAACGUCCCUAUAGUGUUUAAAGACUGGGCGCUAAUCACUUGGAUUAUUUCUUUGGUUGACCUUAUUCUAGUAAUAAUGUUAGGUUUUGAUUAUGGACGUUAUUGCAAAGACGCUUAUGGUGAAGAGCACUGCACAAAUACUGUGAUUCCAAUUCUAGUCAUAGCUGCUAGAGGCUUCAUUUUGUGGUUCGUCAAUGUUAUCAUUGCUUGGAGAAUGUUGGUGAAUGCUGAUUUACUGAGACGGGGCGGCUCUUAUGAAGGCACGUUUGGAGGCAUUUUCCCAAUUUACAGAAUCACUGGACACAUCCCACGAGCAAAUGUUUCGUCUGCACCCAGUUUGUACAGUCAGCAGGCUGUAAAUAUCAACACUGAAAAGAAUUUGUGGAACGUGAAUUUACGGACUGCUAUGGAUGCUAGAACACCUCCUGUUAGCCCUAGGAAUACUCAAGGGUUCUUUGAUAACAACAGAUCCAGAAGUCCUAAGACUCCUUAUGAAAGGAAUCAAGAAUUUUUUGGCAAUAACAGACCCUUGAGUCCUAGGACUCCUUAUGAAAGGAACCAAGACUUCUUUGGUGUCAGUAGGACUCCCAGCCCUAGAUCACCCAAUGGACGAAACCACUUCUCUAGUCGAUACUAAUUCAAGAGCGGUUACGUAUUCUCUUAUUUAUUUAAGUGAUUGAUUAUUAUUUAUCUCAGUAUUCGUCUUUAUGUAUAUACUUUUUUAUAUAAAUAGACACUUAAGAUAAGAUAUUUGUAUUAAGAUGUAACUCGAUAUUUUUAUAACAAUAAGUAGAAAGAUAUUAAUUGUGAGGUUGAUUUA